AUGAAAGUAAAGAAAAAGACAGAGGAGGAAUUCGCGCUUUUGAAUAAUACUGAAAAGGGUUUUCCAAAUUGGCCUAUAAAUAUACGGCCUUCAAAACCAAACAUCAUGACAAAGCUAGGGUUUCGGAUUUGGCCAGGCCGCCCGAGGCUUCAUCCUUAUUUCCAAG